UCCCAGCCCUCGGCAGCUCUGCCUCCCGCGCCCGGGCGUGGCGUCUGAGCGGCAUUAGGACCCAGGCGCGGCGCGGGGGUGUGUCGCCGGCUCCCGCUGCUGGCCUGCCCGAGUCGCCGAGUUUGGGGUCCAGAAACGCCGGAGCGCGGCGUGAGUGCACUAGUGUGCCAUGGCCGCGGCCACUAGGCGCGUGUUCCAUCUCCAGCCGUGCGGUGGGUGCCUGAACCCGGGGGCGCGGCGGAAAGGCCGCCCAGGUCUCCGCCACCGAGGCCGGCCAGGCGGGGACGAGGAGCCGUCGGGGACCCCAGGGAGAACGCGGAUGCCGUCGGCCUGCGCGGGCCGGGGCCGGUGGGCGAGAGGGCUGCGGAGUUUCCAGCCGCGGGGAGGAGGGCACCGGUGCGGGAGGCCCGGGCGCGGCUUCGCGGCCACUGCGCUCUUGGUUUCAUUAGAGCUCUGCUGUCGCCGUCUUGAAUUUCUUACCCAGUUUGAGCAGAUGAUGCAGCGGGUCGAGGGCGGGGAGCUCGAAAGUGGGCAGGGCGGAGCUGUGGGGCUCCCAGUGCCCCGAGCGCCGAGCUUUUGGGAGCCCGGCGGGCUGCCACCUCGGAAGGUCUCAUUUUACCUUCCGCCCGGGCAUCUUCCCGCCCGACGCCGCGGUGGGGGCCGCUUGGUCUUGAGAGUCCCGGGACCCCUGACCGUGCCCUACGCGGCCGCAGCAGUUUCUCCCUUGCUCUGACACCGGAGGGCCAGCCCUGGCUCCCGGCCAGGACCCAGGUUGUACGACCCUUUACCUGCACGUGGGCCGCCGGGACGGAAACGGAGUGUGCACCAGCCCAACCCUCCCAGACCCUCGUCGCCCACGGCCGCUGUCCCUCCCGCGGCCUGGGACGCGCCCCAGCGCCCCCGCCCCCCACUUCAGGAUGCAGCACCGGCUCCAGCCCCACGCCUACAUUCACAUCCUGCGCCCCGACCCCCCAGGUCUCCCGAGUCUGGAGGCGCUUUCCUCUCGUGCACGCGGCCCCCCCUGUCGCUUCCUUCCUCCGACCGCGAGGCAGAAACAGCCGGGACCAUCCGGGGCCCGGCCCAGGGAGGGCGCAGCCUCCCCCGACCCCAGUGUCCCUCAGACUCUCCUCCCACCCCUAAUUGUUCUACCGUUUGGACCAACUGCUCUGCCUUCCAGGCUGUGGGGACGCGGUCCCAGGGCUGGAGACCGUUGCCUGUCGGCCCCGGUGUGACCUAGGGCGCGUGACGGGGGUCGGGGGAACUGCGCCUGCAAUGGACGUUUAUGGCCGUCAGAACCGGUCUGAGAGUGAGAGGAGGGAGGUGCGGAGAGAUCCCCUGCCUUGGCAGCGGAGGAGAGAGGGGGAGAGGAGCGCUCAGGCCCUGUCCCUUCCUCCCGCUGCAGCGGGGCAGGGUUUUGUCAGGAAAGCCUGGAUUAGCGAACAUGGUACUGGUACCAACUCGGUGGAAAGACAUCCCUAGAACGCCUCUCCUCGCCUCUGACCCCCCUGGGCAGCCCCUAACAGAUGGGCUAAGGAAUUGAAUUUCUGAGAUUAAGGCUGGCUUCCCCUGCUCCCCAUGAGGCUCCCUCCCGAGCACUGUCCCCUGCUACCCUUUCUCCCUAGGGUGGCCUGGGUUGCAUCCCUGGGAAGAGUGAAGGAAUCAGCCAGGUUGGGGGGCGGGGAGACAGGUGUACACAGGAGGUCCAGGGCUUGGUCCAUGGAGCUGGUGACCUUUUGGCUUCCCUUGCAGAAAACUCUCCCAGCAUGUCGCAGAAUGGAUACUUCGAGGAUUCAAAUGACACCUUCGAAGCCCGAGAGGAGAUCCUGGGGGAUGAGGCCUUCGACACUGCGAACUCCUCCAUUGUGUCUGCAGAGAAUGAAGCGACUUCCGGUGGCUGUGUGCUCCUGCACACCUCCCGAAAGUACCUGAAGUUAAAGAACUUCAAGGAAGAGAUCCGUGCGCACCGCGACCUAGAUGGCUUCCUGGCACAGGCCAGCAUCGUCCUGAACGAGACGGCCACCUCCCUGGAUAACGUGCUGCGGUCCAUGCUUCACCGCUUUGCCCAGGACCCUGACAACGCUGAGCCAGACUGCAACCUAGACCUGCUUAUGGCCAUGCUCUUCACCGAUGCCGGGGCACCCAUGCAGGGUAAAGUCCACCUGCUGUCAGAUACCAUCCAAGGGGUCACCGCCACAGUGACAGGGGUGCACUACCAGCAGUCGUGGCUCUGCAUCAUCUGCACCCUGAAGGCCCUACAGAAGCGGCAUGUGUGCAUCAGCCGCCUGGUUCGCCCACAGAACUGGGGGGAGAAUUCCUGUGAGGUUCGGUUCGUCAUCCUGGUGCUGGCCCCACCCAAGACGAAAAGCACUAAGACUGCCAUGGAGGUGGCGCGCACAUUUGCCACCAUGUUCUCGGAUAUCACCUUCCGCCAGAAGCUCCUGGAGACCCGCACAGAGGAGGAAUUCAAGGAGGCCUUGGUGCAUCAGAGACAGCUGCUCACCAUGGUGAGCCACGGUCCAGUGGCGCUGAGAAUGAAGGAACACAGCACAGUCUCCUUCCCUGCCCACAGACACCCAGAGCCCCCAAAGUGCAAGGACUUUGUCCGUUUCGGGAAGGGCAUCCGGGAGGACAUCGCACGCAGGUUCCCCUUGUACCCCUUGGAUUUCACUGACGGCAUUAUUGGGAAAAACAAGGCUGUGGGCAAAUACAUCACCACCACCCUGUUCCUCUACUUCGCCUGCCUCCUGCCCACCAUCGCUUUCGGGUCCCUCAAUGACGAGAACACAAACGGGGCCAUUGAUGUGCAGAAGACCAUAGCCGGGCAGAGCAUCGGGGGCCUGCUCUACGCGCUCUUCUCCGGGCAGCCACUGGUGAUUCUGCUGACCACCGCGCCCCUGGCGCUCUACAUCCAGGUGAUUCGUGUCAUCUGUGAUAAUUAUGACCUGGACUUCAGCUCCUUCUAUGCGUGGACAGGCCUGUGGAAUAGUUUCUUCCUCACACUUUAUGCCUUUUUCAACCUCAGCCUGGUCAUGAGUCUCUUCAAGAGGUCGACGGAGGAGAUCAUUGCUCUCUUCACUUCCAUCACAUUUGUGCUGGAUGCUGUCAAGGGCAUAGUUAAAAUCUUCUGGAAGUACUACUAUGGGCAUUACUUGGACGACUACCUGGUCAGGCUGUCAGGCCUCGGUGCCAGCCUCAACGCCAGCCUCCACACUGCCCUCAACACCAGCUUCCGGACCAGCCCCACGGAGCUGCCCUUGGCCACGCACUCAGGCCAGGCGACCGCUGUGCUCAGCCUCCUCAUCAUGCUGGGCACACUCUGGCUGGGCUACACCCUCUACCAAUUCAAGAAGAGCCCCUACCUGCACCCCUGCGUGCGCGAGAUCCUGUCCGACUGCGCUCUGCCCAUCGCGGUGCUCGCCUUCUCCCUCAUCAGCUCCCACGGCUUCCGGGAAAUCGAGAUGAGCAAGUUCUGCUACAACCCCAGCAAGAGCCCAUUUGCGAUGGCGCAGAUCCAGUCGCUGUCCCUGAGAGCCAUCAGCAGCGCCAUGGGCCUCGGCUUCCUGCUGUCCAUGCUCUUCUUCAUUGAGCAGAACUUGGUGGCCGCCUUGGUGAACGCACCGGAGAACAGGCUGGUGAAGGGCACUGCCUACCACUGGGACCUCCUGCUCCUCGCCAUCAUCAACACGGGGCUGUCUCUGUUUGGGCUGCCCUGGAUCCAUGCCGCCUACCCCCACUCCCCGCUGCAUGUGCGAGCCCUGGCCUUAGUGGAGGAGCGUGUGGAGAACGGGCACAUCUAUGACACGAUUGUGAAUGUGAAGGAGACGCGGCUGACCUCGCUGGGCGCCAGCGUCCUGGUGGGCCUGUCCCUGCUGCUGUUGCCGGUCCCGCUUCAGUGGAUCCCCAAGCCCGUGCUCUAUGGCCUCUUCCUCUAUAUCGCGCUCACCUCUCUCGAUGGCAAUCAGCUUGUCCAGCGCGUGGCCCUGCUGCUCAAGGAGCAGACUACAUACCCCCCGACACACUACAUCCGGAGGGUGCCCCAGAGGAAGAUCCACUACUUCACAGGCCUGCAGGUGCUGCAGCUGCUGCUGCUGUGCGCCUUCGGCAUGAGCUCCCUGCCUUACAUGAAGAUGAUCUUUCCUCUCAUCAUGAUCGCCAUGAUCCCCAUCCGCUAUAUCCUCCUGCCCCGAAUAAUUGAAGCCAAGUACUUGGAUGUCAUGGAUGCUGAGCACAGGCCUUGACUGGCAGGCCCUAGCCACGCCCCAUUCGCUAGCUUCCCAUGUUCUCCCAGGCUGGCUCUGGGGCUGUGAGGGGAGGUGUAGGUAUGUGGAUGACUGCUCUGUGCUGCACCUUCUCAUGGCUGACUCACGCCUGGGGCAUCUGGGCAUUGUAGGGGUGCAGUGGUAUGUGCCCACCCCUCCCAUUAUCCUUUAGCUUUGUGCCAAGAGCAUUGCUCAGGGCAACUUCUGCCCAGGGUGGGUGGGACUGAGCAGGAUGGAUUUUCUUUUAAUAAAAGAGUCGAUGCCUGAAAGAGAAACCAUUUCCUUGAUUGUGUAAGGAACUUGCCGUACGCACAUUAGAGAAUAAAGCUCCUGUUUCUAGGC